AGGCGAGGCGAGGCGGGCCCGCCGCCCCGCACGGCCCCUCAGGUGAGGGGGCGGCGCCGCCAUCGGCCCACGGGGGCGGUGCGCGCGCGGCGCCCUCAUAGGCGGUGGCCGAGCGGCGGCUGCGCCCUGCGCGGCCAUGGACUACGCGGGGCUGGCGGAGGCGGCGGCCGAGAAGAUGGGGCGCUACCGGCGGGACCCCGGCGGUUGGCGGGGCUGCCGGCGCACGAGCGAGGUCUCGGUGUCCUGGAGGCCCUCGGUGGAGUUCGCUGGCAACGUGUACAGGGCGGAGGGGAUCCUGCCUGCUAGCCCCCGGGAUGUCUGGGAAUGCAUAAAGCCGGUGGCCGGCGGGCUCAGGACCAAGUGGGACCAAAACGUGAAGGACUUUGAGGUCGUCGAAGCCAUCAGCGAUACUGUCUCUGUAUGCAGAACCACAACACCUUCAGCUUUCAUGAGGAUUAUUUCCCCAAGAGAAUUUGUGGAUGUGGUACUAAUCAAACAGUAUGAAGAUGGGAUGAUGCUGUCUGCUGCCACCAAUGUGGAACACCCACUGUGUCCUCCUCAACCAGAUUUUGUGAGAGGUUUUAAUUAUCCCUGUGGCUGUUUCUGUAUACCUCUUCCAGGGGAGCCAGACAGGACUGAACUCCUCAGUUUCUUUCAGACUGAUCUUGGUGGCUAUCUUCCCCAGACGGUGGUGGAUUCCUUCUUUCCAGCCAGCAUAGCUGGAUUUUACAGUAACCUGACCAAAGCUGUUAAGGCAUUAAAAGCAUGAAAAGACCAAUUGCUGAUCUCACCAGCCCAGGAAAAAAUCUGGCAGCUUGAGGGUAGAAAUAGGAAGUUGGCCUACAGGACCGUUCUGCCAGCAAAGAUAUUUAGGAAAGGUGAAAGGUGAACAACGACUUGAGUAAACUUUUAAAACAGCAUUUUCUAGCUAUCUUUAUGUAAACCAGCACAUUCUUUUCUAAUAUGUAUUGUUCAUUUUCAUUAUUGGAAAAAUACCACUCCAGAGCCCAGAAUAAUCCUGGAGGCAGCACUGGUGGCUGUCUGCAGGGAGAAGAUGCACAUACUGGAUCUGUUCUUGGCCAUAUUCUUGUCAGGGUCUGUGAGGAAGGGCAUUGGUAAAAUCCACUUAGCACUACAGCGUUAGCCAGGUGCAGGUCAGUCCUGGUUUGUCUCUGCAGCUCCCCAUAGGCUCCUGCGGAACAAUGUUCUUUCCCCAGAAAAAGAGGUAGCUCUUGUGCUGCCAGCACUCAUAUAGCUGCUAAGAUGCUUCUGUGGGUCCAAGCCAGCAAAUGUAAAAGCCAAAACAAACUGGGUUGUGUGGAGGAUCCCACUUGCUUUUUCCAGCAGUACUAAUGGUAAAUACGCCUUAAUGCUUUUUUACCUAAAUUGAGGUUUAGCAGUGCAAACUCGUUCCUAGGUCUGUGGGCUGGCAAAUAGACACUCUUCCUUUCUCCCCUUUGUACCAAAACCAGUGAUUCCCACAAAGUCAUGAAACAAACUGCACUGUUGUAGUGGCAAUAAAUGAAGCACUUUACUUGUCAUUUCUUAAACUGUGCUUGAAAUGACUAUUUUGAACUGCGCUUUAAUGUUUUUUGGUCUCUUGCGGUGCGAGGUAUUAACAGGUAAAUAAACUUUCUGUAGCUUUGUCUUAACAGCCCGUGAGGAUGUUGCUUUUUUUUUUCCUAAGACUUGAUUUGCCUCAUAGCACUAUCUUGGGAAAUCAGCUCCUGAUCUUGUGUGCAGUGAUGUGUCUAGCUUUAGAAAAUAUUUAUAGUGCUGGUUACUGCAGGAAUGUCAGACAUUACUAUAGAUUACAUAUAAUUACAAAAGGUAAAAUAAUUGGUGAAUUAGGAAUUUAAAUGCAGGUUGUGAUUUUAAUGCUGUAACUUGAUUAGUUAACAAGGUUAAUACGCUCUGCUUUCUGUCCCUGUAUUUGUUUUAUAUUUGGUAUAGGGCAUGGACUUGCAUACAUUCCCACUGUCAGUCUCACCCUAUGGAACAGAUUUUUCAAGGAAACGGUUUUUAAUGUAGUGUCCUUUGUGUACAAAGAUACAAAAAGCUUUUAUCAGUGUGAUGAAAUAAAUAUUUUUCUGCUACA